CAUUUUCCUUUGGGAAAAACGUUGGGAGAGAUUGUGCUCCUUGACAGUCUGAGAGUGGUAGAGACGUCUAUCUUGGAUCAGAUAUCUGGUUAAUGUGGGUUCUUGCCGGCUGUUCCUCAUCUCUUUCUUGGAACUGGAUUAUAUCGUAAAAAGUGGGACUUAGCCAGUUUGGCCAACUACAUCCAAGGCCCCACCACACCUCAUGCACAUCCCCUACCCUUCUACUACGCCAUCUACUGCAUGCCCCCACUCCCCCCACCUUUUCCUAUUUAAACCUACUUAUCCCAUUGCAUUGGAGAGAAGCCUAAGAGAAGAUAUUACUGAAAAAAGUUGAGAGAAUAAAAAGAUUAUUUCUUUUUUGGCCUUGUACCAAUUACACAACAUGGAAGUGGCCAUGGAAGUAGAAGAUGAUCUGUUCUUCGCAGAUUUAAGCAAGCAAAUCUCUCUUCUAAUUAUGGACGAGGAGGAGGAGGACCCAGUUGCAAACUUUCCAGUUUCUCUUCAGGAAUUCUCUCGAGAAAUCCAUCCGCCAGAAAGAUUACCUCCAAUUCUCUGUGUGCAAACAUGCCGGAGAGAAAGCAAAGGGACCGGAGUUUUCAUCCCUCAGUCAUCACUGCCGAGAAGGAAGAAGCGCAGACAAGGAAGAUUUGCUUCUUACAACGCAAUAUCCCGCAGAAAGCCUGAUACUACAGGGAUGGCCGUUUCCCAAGCGUCUUCCAACCAUUCUUUUAGGCCAAAAAAAGUAGGGUGAAAUAUAGAUAUAUUA